GACACGGUACUCAUCAGUUGUGAAUAUAACCUCUUUACGACCUACCGUAUCUUGUAUCAUGUAUUGAAAUUUGUAUCACCUAUAUUUAUUUAUUUAUAUUGUGCAAGAUAAAUCUACUUUAUGAUGGCAUUACUACUCAGCUCAACAAGUGUCAAUCAAUCACUUUUCUAGAAUAAUAAUGUAAUUUUCAAAUAAAACGAGUGAAGAAAAUAUCCUAAUCAUGAGCAAGAAUUGGCCCGCUGAUUUGGCGGGUGUUUUGAGAGGCGCACAACUAGUUCUGACUGCAUUGAUAAAGGAAGAAGAGAAACAGAUCGGACAGGUGAUAAGAAACAGCUCAAUCAAUCCAUCAAUUAUCAAAUCAUCGGUGGAUAGCAUUUUGGCUAAUUCAAAGAAUGUCAAGCUUGAUGCAGUCUUAUCAGAAACGUUGCAAAGAGGAGCAAUGGUGGUAGAAGGGGUGCGUGGCUACACUAGGUUUGCUCAAGGUUCAACUUGGGACAACCUUCCCGUGGAAGAAUUCCAUUUUGAGAGGGAGACAAUCUACGAAGAUCUGGAAAACUUAUUCAAACUACCUUCGUCCGAUAAGAGUAAAGAUAACGCACAAUCAGACAAUAAAAUUGCAACAAUAGAAAGUAGAGACUCUAGAACCGAUAAUGGAAGAAGAACACAGAAAUUUUACGCACCCAAACCAAAAAUAAAUGUAGGUGAAAUAAGCACCGAAUUUGUGGAUGAUGAAGUGAGACAGUUGUCUUUGGAGUCCAAAAAGCAUUUCAAUGUUGUGAAAAAGUUGAAUCUAGAUACACCGAAACCUGUUGUGGAUACGGUUGAUGUGCCGAAAGUCGAGAAAAAAGAUGAGGCGAAAGAUGAGACUAAAACGAGUGAGGCUGUCCCGAAAAUGUCGAUUGAAAGUGUAAUAAGGAGAGAAAUGCCAGAGGCCAUCAGUAAGACAGCAACAGAACCUCGUCAAAUGCCUGUGGCUAGAAAAGCGCCCAAGAAGAAACCAACUCUAAGCGCGACAGCCAAACAGCGCACAGUACCUUCGUCGCGGCUCGGUAGACUGUUCUCAUUUGGCAGCCUGGCAGCAGGACUGAGUGUCGGCACACUGUCUGAGUUCACCAUGAGGAGUCUCGGCAUCAAAAAGGCGCAGAGUGAUGACACAACCCUCGACAGUCUCUUUCUCACUCCGGCCAACGCUGAACGCAUUGUCAAAACUCUGUGCGAAGUGCGAGGAGCUGCAUUGAAAAUAGGCCAGAUACUUAGCAUACAGGAUAACAGCGUUAUCAGUCCUCAGCUUCAGAAGGCAUUCGAUCGAGUGAGACAAUCAGCUGAUUUCAUGCCUCCCUGGCAAGUAGAAAAAGUGAUGAAAUCUGAGUUCGGCGACGACUGGCGUUCGCGGUUCGCGUCGUUCGAGAUGAAGCCAUUCGCGGCGGCGUCUAUCGGCCAGGUACACCCGGGUGUGUUGCAUGAUGGAACCGAGGUCGCCGUCAAGAUCCAGUACCCGGGAGUCGCGGAGAGCAUUGAGUCCGACAUCGAAAACCUCGUGUCGCUACUCAAGGUCUGGAAGGUCUUUCCCGAAGGGCUUUUCAUAGACAACAUAGUUGAAGUGGCUAAGCGUGAAUUAUCGUGGGAGGUGGAUUACAAGAGAGAAGCUGAGUGCACAUACAAAUUCAAAGAGCUAUUGCGUCCGUACCCUCAGUAUUAUGUGCCCAAAGUUAUUGAUAAUCUGUGCACAAAGCAAGUAUUCACGAGUGAAUUGAUCGAGGGUAUUCCUGUUGACAAAUGCCAAGACCUGGAUUACGAAUCGAGAUUGACAGUGUGCUCUCUAAUCAUGCAGUUGUGUUUGCGCGAACUGUUCGAAUUCAGAUUCAUGCAAACCGAUCCCAAUUGGUCAAACUUCUUCUACAACCCGGAAACUAAACAGCUGAUACUGCUGGACUUCGGGGCCUCUCGUGCUUAUGAGAAGAAAUUCAUGGACCAGUACAUUUGUGUGAUAAAGGCAGCGGCCGAUAGCGACAGAGAUAAAGUACUCGAGUUAUCCAAGCAGAUGGGAUUCCUAACCGGUUAUGAAACAAAGCAAAUGGAGGACGCACACGUGGACACAGUGAUGAUUCUGGGCGAGGUGUUCAGUAGCCACGUGGGCGAAUUCGACUUCGGCCACCAGGACACCACGAAGCGCAUCCAGCGCCUGGUGCCGACCAUCCUGACACACCGCCUGUGCCCCCCGCCCGAGGAGAUCUACUCGCUGCACCGGAAGCUGUCGGGCGUCUUCCUCCUCUGCUCCAAGCUCAACAUCAAAAUGGACUGUCGGCCCAUGUUCUUGAACGUAUACAAGAAUUAUAAGUUUGGUGAUGCGCCUGAAUGUAAUUAAAGUAUAGCAAUAGUAGUAUAA